AUGGGGGUUCGAGCUGGCCUUCGCGUUCGCGACUCCUGUGCCCUUCCGCCACGUGGCGCGACUCUCCGCCUUCUUCCUGCGCGAGUGGCGACUCCCGUCGCGAGGCUGCGAGCAGCGGCGAUCCUGUCGCGUCUUGGUGAUCUUCGCGAAUCGCGACUCCCGUGCGAGUGCGAGCGGCCAGCGGCCGGCGGCAUCCACUUCCGUCUGUUCCUGGCUUCCUGCUCCUGGUCUUCGUAUACGGAGCAUCGCCACCUCGUUGGCUCCUCCCAGUCCCAGCUCCCAGCAACCUCCGAUCCGAUCGAGAACGCAUGGCCUUCUGGGCUGUGGAGGUGA